AUGGCAGUGCCUAUGAAACGGAUAAUAAUACUUGCGCUUACAUUUUUGACGCGUGCACUUGCUGAUUCAGAUAUGGAUAUGGAUGAAGAAAGACCCGAAUUUCAUCCGAUCAAUGCCGGAUCAAAAGCAUUCCACUGGAUAUUGUCAUUAUUUAUACUAUUAAUACUACCUUCAAUUAGUACCUCAUUAGCAUUCGCCAAUAGACUACACUGGUCGCUACUUUUGCAAUAUAUUUCAACGGCUUACUCCAUCUUUGAAUCGUUGUUUUUGGAUUUUCCCGAUAAUAAGGACAACCAUGAAAAUAGAACUUCAAAAGGUACAAGCUGGUUUUUAAGUAUAUUGUUGGGUGCGACAAUUUUCAUGGGAACACUCAUCAACGGAAGCAAUCUCAUCAUUAACAAAUUCUACCCACACUUGUCCAAGCACUACAACGAGUAUGGCUAUUCAUACAAGGUAUACAAGGUAUCGUCGUUGCUUUGUCUUUUGACAGGCUGGGUUAGAGUGUGUAUGGCACCGAUUGCAUUAUUUGGAUUCUGCUACGGCAUUCACACGGGUCAAUGCAUAGCUCACGGUAUCAUGGGCUCAGCAUUUAUUUUGUAUUCGUUUAUAUUGUCGGUGGUACUCGUGGUUCCUUGGAUUCGCAAACACCAGUUACACAACAAUAGCCCCUCAUUGAAAUCACAGGAAUUUUACGACUCAACAGUGAUGAUGUUGUGGGGGAUUGUCAACACCUUUACUGAACACCGUUGGGGAAGAGAAGCUUGGAAUAUGGGCGAUUACCAACAUACUGCCAUGGGUAUCAUCUGGUGGGGUGGUGGAUUGUUGGGAAUGUACUUGUCAAGAAACAAUCAAAGGUCAUUUGUACCGGCAUUAUUGUUGAUAUUCACCGGUUGGUCAAUGAGUCAACACUCUCAGCAUUUGGUGAUUUCGACUAAAGUGCACUCAUUGUUUGGUAUUGCAUUAAUGGGCGCAGGAGUAACGAGAAUCGUUGAAACUGCAUUUUUGUUAAAAGAUAAAGCUUGUAGCGAGCUGGGAAAGAUACUCACAUUCCAGUACUUGCCUCCCUUUGGUUUAGUCUUGUCAGGUAUUUUGUUUAUGGGAGCCACCGAAGAACAGUUGCAGUUGGUUCAUGAUUUAGGAUCAGACCAUUCGGCAUACAUUUUGGUAGUUUCAGCAGCAGCAUUUUUAAUCUUUCUUUGGAUCCAAUUAUGUAUCUGGUUGUACCUAAGGCUUGUGGGGUAUGAUGAAAACGGUGAGCUUAGUAAGCAAUAUUCACCUGUUAAUGUUGAAGAGUUUGAGUUGGGGGAUAUAAGCGGAGACGAGGAAGAGGAAAAUGACACACCGCCAGAGGAAUUUAGAGAUAGCAGAUAG